AUGGCAGAGAUGUCCUCGUCUGCCUCCCUGCAUCUCAAAGUGGAAACCUUACAGCGGAGGCUGGAUGGCUUGCAGAAGGAGGUGGUUAAUUGCCACGAGGAGGCACAAACACUUCGAGAGUACUUGUCGGAGGCACUGCUGGAACAGUCCGGGUUGGGGCUCUUAGCGUGGCCCUUUUCUCAGCAAAAGUUGGCAAGUCUCGAUGGCCUUGGCAUCUAUUCUCUCCAGGGCCGCUUCUCCCAUGCUCCACAGGUGGAGGAGCUGCUGAUCAUGGCCAGGGCCGUUUGGUGCGCUCGAGUGACCAUCUACCACGAGUCCUGCACUCGCUCGCUCUCCGGAUCUGGGUCUGCGCGGAAAGCACGGGAGGAGUUGCCACUGGCGCUGGAAGCCUAUAGGCAAGCGCGUAAGGCUGAGGAGCUGCUUCCAGCAAUGGACACGGUACGAAGUGUUCUUUCCUGGUACAACCACACCGUGCGCUUGGCCGACUGGUUGGGCCAUGGCUACUUUUGGCGCCCCGUUCCGGCGGAGCUAUGGGCCGAUGCUGACUGGAAGAUGGAGAAUGCAGCGGGAAACGCACUGCAGGAUUUUGACAUUUUGGAGGAUGGUUUUCAUCGCUUGCGAAAUGCCAAAGUCCUUGCAGCGGAUUACGACCUCCUGCGGAAACACUUUGGUGCAGGCCUAACAGAUGGCCAACUCGAGAAGCUUCUCAUCGAGGAGACGGCCUGGCUGUCCGAAGGUCAAGUGCAUCGCAUCCGAUCGGGUGACCAUCGGCGGUUGCUGGAGGGCGUCGACGGCAUCGGCGACCAGACUCGCCCCGGUCUGCGCCUGCGCAGCGGGGGUCGUGCGGCGACCUUCCUGGGAAGCGACCGCUACAGCAUUGAUGCGACUGGCAACUUUCAGGCCGUCUUGCCGAUGCUGGACGUGAAGGGUUUGGGGACGCACAAACGAGCUGACACGACUUCAGAGAAGGUCACAGGUCUUUUGGGCCUUGCAGAUGCGCUCAGGGAGAUGUGUUUCCAGCGCCUGAUCCAAAGACUACUGGACUUGGAAGGCUUAGAGGGGAUGGGCACGGUACCGUACUACGCCAUCGUCGACAGCGGGUUGACCUACAGCGGGGUGAACCCGGCCACGGGAUGGAGUGGGGAACGCUGCGUGCUGCUGGUCUUUCAAAAACGACGCCGACAGGUGAGACAACGGCAGUCGCGUUUCUUCGACGCCUACGACGGGAUGAACUUCUCGGGUGCCAUGGCCAUGGUGAGAGAGUUGGCCAUGGCAAAGUUUCGUGUUUGCCCCGAUGCAGUUCAUUCCGAAGGCCCUGGCAAGUUGCUGCGGGAGGUUCUGCAUCGUUGGGGCAUCUCGGCGGAAUUUGAGCCGCGGGCAUUGUUCCAUGCGGACGCAGAGGAAGCGCUGGAGGAUCAGAGCGGAACUUGGAACCUGCAGGUGGAUGCGCCCUGCACGCAUUUCAUGGACUUCUCGGAUUUCUACGUCCUGCCCUCCUCGCCGCUGAAGAGUGCUUGGUGCAUGUCUGAAGAGGCGCUGCGUCGCGCUUUCACCUUGGAACGGACUCCCAUGGUGGAACGGGCUUUGGCCAAUCCCCCCUUGGCGGAGCGUCUUUGGGGUCAUAGAGAUCCGGAGAAAGCCAGGGAAAACUAUGAACAGUUGAGAUGCGAACUCUCCGGUGAGAAGGACAGUGGUUGCCAAGGGCCCAAGGGUGCGAAGCUGAAUCUGUUGACUUUGCCGAUGCAUUUUGAAUCCAAGAGCAUUGCAGAUUUCACUGAGUCUCAAGAGUGUGAGAACCCAUGGCCUGGGUGUUGCUGCUUGUGCAGCUCCCCUGCUUCCUUGCGGCCUCCGUACAACUUCGCAGGAGGGAGAACCAUGAAAUUCAUGGGCUCACCAGUUGUGGAAAACAGGACGAAAUUGACGUCAGAAACUCCACACAGCGCAGAGUGGUUCCGCUCACUCGGUACUGAUGCGGUGGAUGAAGUGAUUCCACCUCAACCAGCGCGGCUGCGGCUGACAACGCUGAGUUCAGCCAAGGAGGAGCCGACGCUACGCAACGUGCUGAAGCAGGUGAAGUUGGAGCCUCCUUCGCAUCCGCUCCGUCCCGGGCGUCCCGGGCUGAAGGUCCUCCAGAACUCCAGCGACGGCGCGGCCAACGCCACGAACGCCGGCAACGCCGGCAACGCCACGGACAACGCCUCGGUGCCUCCACCGGUGCUCGAGCUACGACAAGUGAAGGGGAACUUGACCUGUGCGCAGCCCGGAUGUGCGGCAGAUGUACUGCUGCAGGUGUAUGAUCCACAGAAGGAGUAUGUUAGGGACUGCAACUUGAGCUUGUCUGUCCAUGCCACGGAUUUCGACGACAACUUUGACGGCGAACGUGUGAUGAACUUCAUGGGGAACAGCCGUGCUUUAGGUCAUGACUGCUACCCAGAAGUCAAUGGAUGUGUCUCCAACCAGUCCCGUGAGCUGCUGUUCUCUUGCAUCCGGGAUCGUCCCGUUAGCACGAUUUUGACGGAUGAGGGCAAUAUGCUGGUGAGCGCCCAAAUCGCCCACAACGUUGAUGAAUGCCCCUUCAACGGCAACUUGUUGCACGGUGUAACCACCAUUGCCUGCUAUGUGGGCAAUUUAUCUGAUCUUACCACCACUUCAAUUGGUGAAACCACCACUACCACCAGCACGCACUGGGUGACCGCGGAAAACUUUGAGAAGUACCCUGAGUUUGUGCGGAAAUGGUUGGUGGAACAUCCCGGGAUGUCCCUUCCGGACAUGCCUGGCUAUGAGUCCAUCCUCAACAUGUCUCGUGUGAUGCCUGUGGAUCCCGUGGCCAUUGGAGCUCUUCCCUUCAGGCGGAACCUCUCGGCAUACGGGGCAUAUGACAGCUAUGGUCCUGGUGGUCUCGGCUAUGGUGGCGCUUACGGAGAGGAAAACCUGGGAGCUGGACCUGGUGGACGAGGUGGACUUCGGUUGGAGGGAAGCGAUGGCAGUUUCAAUCUCAGCACCACGGGAUUCCUGCGAUGUGCUGAGAAGGGCUGCAAGACCAACAUGUUGUUGGACUUCAAUCGAACCUUGGUGUCUAUCAACAAGUGCACUUUGCAGCUCUGGGUGAAUCAAACAGAUUUUGACAACAAGGAUGGUGCCGUGGAGUUUCUGACCAUCAAGGUCGCUGGGAACGCGGUGCUGGACAAGGCAAAACCGGGCAAAAACCCGUGCCGCAGCGCCUAUGAUGGCCAUCGGCUGAAUUUGGAGGAGAUUCAGAUGCACGCCCUUCAGGAUUUCGACAUCACCGAGGUCACCGACGCCCCGGAUCACUUUAAAAAAAAUCAGGCGGUUCAACUGGGUCCUGUGGACAUCGCCGGCGAGAUCUCCAAGCAGGUGGACGAAUGCCCCAGCAAUGGCUAUUUGUUGGACGCCAGCAUCCAGGUGGCCUGCAAUGUUUCCAGCAUCGCAUCUCUCUUGGAGCACGACCGGGUCUCGGUGGCCGACGUCUUGACCUUAAACAAGGCGCUGUCGGAAGCCAACCUGGCACAGCAAGAUGAGACCUUCAAGGAGUUCCUCGCGGUGGCCAAGGUCAACACCAGCAGCAACGCCAGCAGCAACGCCACCGGAAAUGCCACCAGCAACGCCACCGGAAAUGCGACCAAGGUCCAAAACGUGAAGAAAUAGAAGCGGAAAGUGAU